UACUGAAUAAAAACUCAAAAGAUCUUGUGGUGAAAAGUAGGAUUAAAAUUUCGAUUCAAGAAGGUUUAAAAGGUAUGCAAAUUAUAAGUAAUGAUUUAAGAUUCAGGAUACAGUAAACCACAUUUGCAAUUUUUAAUUUACAAAAUAUGCAAAGUUUAUAAAAAAUUUAGAUUUGACCUUUCUCUAUUUGUAUUCAUGUUGCUUUGUAAAAAAUUAAUAAUCAGUUAUUUAUUAAAAUUUCGAUUUAAAAAAUAGAGACUUUAGGAUACAAAAUACUUUAGAAAAUUUCUUUAUUAUUAUUUUUGACAAAGUUAUACUCUCCUUAAAAGAGUAACCGAAAAAGGCCAAAUUUUGCAGCCUAUCGUGGUAAAUUCAAAUUCGUGGUAAAAUGGGCAAUUUCUCCGGUUACUCUUGUCUGUUUAUGAGAAGCAGAAUAAAUGAUACUUUAAUUUUGUUAUUAUGCAUGUACUUGCAUUUCUUUUAGAGGAUAUCUGGAAGAUUUUAUUUAAUUUAAGUAACCAGUAUUAUCCUAUUUUUAAAGUAUGGGCUUUUUUUAUAACUAUGGUAUCUAUUCGUCAUCCCAAUGAUCUGGAGAUAAUACUUAACAAUACAAAACACAUUGACAAAGGUAUAAUUUAUGACAAAUUAAGUCCUUGGCUUGGUACGGGUCUCCUUCUCAGUACAGGCUCCAAAUGGCAAUCACGGCGAAAGCUAUUAACUCCCACAUUUCAUUUUAAUAUAUUAAAGCAAUUUAUUAAGAUUUUAGUCGAAGAAAGCGAGAGCAUGACAAAGUCUUUGAAGAAUGCAGGAGGUGUCAUUACAAAAGAUUUAAUACCAUUUAUUAGUGAACAUACAUUGAAUAUAAUAUGUGAAACAGCCAUGGGGACUUCUCUGCAAGGAAUGGGUUCAGUUCAGCAGCAAUAUCGAAAAGCGGUUCACCGAAUGGGUGAGCUUAUUGUUUAUAGGUUAACGAGACCAUGGUUAUAUAACGAUUGGAUAUUCUUGUUAACGCCAAAAGGCAGAGAACAAAGAAAGAUUUUGAAGAUAUUGCACGGAUUUACUAAGAAAAUUAUUGCAGAAAGGAAAGUUUAUCAUAAACAUCAUGGAAAAUAUUUGAGGAAUCUUAGCGAAGGGACAGUUGAUGCAAAAACUAUUAGAAUGGAGAAGAAACAGCUUGCUAUAUUGGACCUUUUAAUAUUGGCAUCUGAAGAAGGUCUUCUAACUGAUUCCGAUAUAAGAGAGGAAGUCGACGUUUUUAUUCUUGGGGGUUACGAUACUACAUCAGUAGCUAUAUCCUUUACUUUAUCACUCCUGGCCGAACAUAAAGAUAUUCAGGAUUGUGUCAGAAAGGAAGUCGAUGCUAUUAUGCAAGAAAGUCAAGGAAAACUUACCAUGAAAUCGUUACAAGAUCUACAAUAUUUAGAGAGAUGUAUAAAAGAAUCAUUACGUUUAUAUCCAAGUCUUUAUUUUAUAGCACGAGUUACUUCGGAAAAGAUACAAUUAAAUUCAUAUUUAAUACCUGCCAAAACAGUAAUACAUCUUAACAUACGUGAUGUUCAUAGAGAUCCUAAUUUUUGGCCAAAUCCAGAAAUAUUUGAUCCAGAUAGAUUUUUACCUGAAAAUUCCCGAAAUCGUCAUCCUUAUUCUUAUAUACCAUUCAGUGCUGGACCACGUAAUUGCCUUGGUCAACGAUUUGCUUUGCUAGAAAUGAAAGCAAUGAUAGCCUUUUUGAUUCACAAUUUCUAUUUGGAACCCGAAGAUUAUUUAAAGGACUUACGAAUGGAAGUUGAUUUAUUGCUUCACCCUAUACAUCCGCAUCGUAUAAAAUUUGUUCCAAUCGCCAAAAAGUGAACAUAAGUAUUUAAAAACAAUUUAAAUUCCAAGAAAUGACAAUUGCAUUGUGUGAAAAAAUGAAGAAAAUUGACAUGCAUAUAAAUGCAUUUAUAAAUACACAUUAAUAAUUAAAAUAAUAUAUAUGUAUAUGUGCAUAUAUAUCAUGUAAAUGUGUACUGUAACUAACUGAAAAUAAGAGUAGAUAAUAGUAUAUCUAAGAUCUGUCUAAAUUCAUUAAAUAAAAUAUUUUAGUUUAUAUUUGUUUAAUUAUUAUAAAUUCUUUCAAAAAUGAAAUUAUGGGCGAUAAUCGAGUCUUAAAUAUAAGUAUUUAAGAUCAUCUUAAGAUCUCUAAGUACUGUCUUAAGAUGUCAUAAACCAAUUACAGAUUAGCAUCUUAAAUAGUUUACUUUGUUGUAGUAUACUAUUGAAAAAAUGUCAUUUACUAUGCUCCAUUUUUAUGCGUUAUAAAAGAGAUUAUAUAUAAUAAAUGUUUUUAAAACAAUAAUUUUGCAACUGUUAGAUUAUGUCCACAAAUGCAAGAGCUUUGACAACAAAUUCAAUAAGAAAUUUACUUAUUUACAACAUUAAUACAUUUGAUUUCCAUUCUUAAAACUAAGUGUAACACCUAUAAUAAAUCUGUACAUAACAGUAAAUUUAAUGUAAUGUUCAAUAUUAUCAGAUUUCUAUGUGCAUUAACAUAAGUUUAUUAUUACAUAUAAAUUUAAGUUUAAAAUAGAUAUCUAACGUAACGUAACAUGUUACGGAUAUUAAUAUUAAUAAUAAUAAUAGGACUUUAUUGCUUGAUAACAAAACAGCUAGAAUACAAUAGAAAAGUUACAGAGUAUGUACAAGCAAUAGGACAGGCUACAACAAAGAAUGUUGCUAUGAAGCCUUCCAGAAACACAUGAGAAAAAAGAGAGAAACGCAAGCAAUGUUAAUGCACUAAGCAUAAGAAGUUAAGGUAGAAUACAUUUAAAAAAUAAAAUAAAUAAAGUAAAAAUAAAAAAAAUAUAUUAUAUAAGCACUCGGAUAUUCUUUUGCGGAAAGCUUUAAUGCAUGCUAGUAAUAAUACAAUAAAAAUUGAUCCAGUAAACAUGUAACACAAAAAAAGAAAAA